AUGAUUCGUUCAGGUUUCAGAAACGACAAAGUUCUUCAUCUAAUAGCAUCAGCCCGUUACCAAUACCAAUUGACGUCGGUACUUUCCUACCUACAACUGAGACCAAGUGACUUCGACACGCGCUACAACCUCGACUACAGCCAGCCUGGCCUGCCGGAAGAAGAACGACGUGGACAAUACCAGUACUAUCUGCCGCUUGGCUGGUAUCGUCAUGGCUUAAAUGUAGCUAACAAGUACCCAGACAAUAAUAUUUGGCUCGGUCAGCAGAACAUCGACGGAGAGUGGCCUGUCGCUUUUCACGGAACACAGUCGCAAGCAGUAAGCAGUAUUACACUGAAAGGUCUCUUGCCUAGCUUUACCAAGAGGGAUGUUAAGAAGAAUGAUGCCGUGCUGCAAGCGGGAACGGCUGUGAAUAGAUUGGGACUCUAUGUAGCAACACACUGUACCGGUGGUGCUGAUGCGUACGCGCUACCCUUCAAGGUGUCAAAUGGUGAUAAGAGCGAAGAAUUUCGAGUUAUGUUUCAAUGUCGUGUGAAACCCGGUUCCUUCACAAGUCAUACAGAUCCGGUCCGUGUGGGCGAAGCUUGGCGCAUUGUCGACCCCGAAGCUGUGCGUCCUUAUGGCCUAUUGCUCAAAAACGAGACCAUUCAAACUCAGCGGGACUAG